AUGAGCCUAACUACAUCUCGAACUAAUCGCCAAGUUGGAUCAUUCGGUGAUACAUGGCAUGAUGAAGGACGAAACAAGUGGAGUGAGUGGCUUGGAAUUCAGUGGCUUGUCAAGAUAUUCAACUACAAGAAUCCCAAAUCCAAGGCUCAGAAUGGUGCUUGGAUGAUGCACGAAUAUAACCUUGUUGCUAAUGAUAUUGUCAGCACUCCUACUACAACUGUCGCUUGCCAUUUAAGGAAGAAGCAACCCAAGAGGAAGAGGCAGUUGGAUGAUGAAGAAAAAGGUGAUGAUGAUAUGGAUAAAAAUUGCAAGCGCUCCACAGAGGCAACCACAAAUAGCAACAGUGAUAAGCAUCUGUCAUUGGAUGGCGCUGAUGCACCUAAAGAUCAGCUGCAAUAUUACAAUAUGUUGCUUACUGAUGACAUUCUAUCCACUGAGCCUUCUGAUUCUAAUGAUGCUCUUCGACAACGUCAGAUAGUUGGUAAUGGAGAAGAAAUGGCUCUUGAUGAUGAUUAUUUCCAUUAUGUUAUUUAA